AUGGCUGCUGAGGCUGAGAAGCUUAAUCUGGACAAUAUCAUCGCUAGGCUUCUAGAAGUACGUGGUUCGAAGCCAGGCAAAAAUGUACAGCUGACAGAAAAUGAGAUUAAAGGCCUUUGCAUCAAAUCACGUGAAAUAUUUCUUAGUCAGCCGAUCUUAUUAGAACUCGAGGCGCCUCUAAAAAUUUGCGGUGAUGUGCAUGGGCAGUAUUAUGAUCUGCUGCGACUUUUUGAAUAUGGUGGUUUUCCGCCCGAAUCAAAUUAUCUCUUUCUUGGGGACUAUGUAGAUAGAGGUAAACAAUCACUUGAAACAAUCUGUUUACUGUUGGCUUAUAAGAUAAAAUAUCCCGAAAACUUUUUCCUCUUGCGCGGAAACCAUGAAUGCGCUUCUAUUAACAGGAUAUAUGGUUUCUACGAUGAGUGUAAACGGCGUUACAAUAUCAAACUGUGGAAAACUUUUACUGAUUGUUUCAACUGUUUGCCAGUGGCAGCAAUAAUAGAUGAAAAGAUUUUCUGUUGUCAUGGAGGCCUUUCACCUGAUCUGCAAUCCAUGGAACAGAUUCGACGUAUUAUGCGUCCAACGGAUGUACCAGACCAAGGCCUACUUUGCGAUCUUCUGUGGUCCGAUCCAGAUAAGGAUGUUACUGGCUGGGGUGAAAAUGAUCGAGGUGUUUCGUUUACCUUCGGUCCUGAAGUUGUGGCGAAGUUCCUGCAUAAGCAUGAUUUGGAUCUCAUUUGUCGCGCUCAUCAGGUUGUAGAGGAUGGUUAUGAAUUUUUUGCCAAGAGGCAAUUGGUAACAUUGUUCUCCGCACCAAAUUACUGUGGAGAAUUCGAUAAUGCCGGGUCGAUGAUGACAGUGGAUGAAACGCUCAUGUGCUCUUUUCAGAUUUUGAAACCAGCGGAUAAAAAGAAAUUCCCGUAUAGUGGCGUUGGAUCUGGCCGUCCAGUGACACCACCGAGGACCCCGGCUCCAAAUGCUAAAAAAGGAAAGAAAUAG